UGGUCGGCCAUUUGCACCGUGUGACAGAAGUUUUAGGUCCGUAUAUUUAAAACUGUUUAUUACUCAUAGAAAGAUCAUUACCCCCGCCUAAAAAUAUGCACAAACAAAAGAAUACUACCUGUGUUACAAAAAAUAACAAAUUGUUAAAGUGAAAUUUACCUGGGUUUGUUGCAGAUCUUCAUUCUGUCACCGGACUUUUCACAGUGAACCCACCAAAAGAUUGCAAUGGCGACUGUUUGAUUAUAGCUACGAAGUUAUACAAAAAGUGAAAAAAAAUUUACAUAACGUUUCGGUUAAGUGAUAGUUGUGAAUAACGUAGUUUUAAUUUAGUUUUCAUUUUGUGAAUAAUUUUGGUGUUGUUAACUUGAAAAAGUUAUUUAAUAUUUUGUAAAUCACUCAAAUGUUAACGUGCUCUGCAUCCGCUCGUCGCUGCGAUAGCGCUGUCCCUUUUCCACUCACGCACAUAGAUAGAGAACAGCUCUCUAUCGUGUUUCCUCGUAAGCAGUCAUUGGAAUAUCCAUUCAAUGGCUGGUGCACAAGAAAAAUGGUAUUUUACAAAAGAGCAACUACAGAAUUCACCAAGUCGAAAAUGCGGCUUAGAUGCAGAUAAAGAGCUAGCCUACCGGCAGCAGGCCGCCAAUCUAAUUCAAGACAUGGGCCAGCGGCUUCAAGUUUCCCAACUAUGUAUCAACACGGCAAUAGUUUACAUGCACAGAUUCUACGCUUUCCACUCGUUUACGCAGUUCCACAGGAAUGCGAUAGCCGCUGCAGCGCUGUUCCUCGCCGCAAAGGUCGAGGAGCAGCCAAGGAAGUUGGAAUAUGUGAUCAAGGUAGCGCACGUUUGCCUCCACAGAGGGGAAGGUGUCAACGCUCUCAAUCCUGAACAGUACCAGGAACAGGCGCAGGACUUGGUCUUCAACGAGAAUGUCCUGCUACAGACAUUAGGUUUCGAUGUUGCGAUCGACCACCCUCACACGCACGUCGUCCGCACCUGCCACCUUGUGAAAGCUCCGAAAGAUUUGGCCCAAACUUCAUACUUCAUGGCAUCAAACAGUCUCCACUUAACAACGAUGUGUCUCCAGUAUCGGCCGACAGUUGUCGCCUGCUUUUGUAUACAUUUAGCGUCGAAAUGGAGUAAUUGGGCGAUACCUCAGUCGCACGAGGGUAGACAUUGGUUUUCCUAUGUGGAUCGGAGUGUUACCACCGAGCUACUGGAACGUUUAACAGCGGAGUUCCUUCACAUAUUUGAUAAGUGCCCAUCUAGAUUGAAGAGGAAGAUGAUGACCAUGUCCAAUAGCGGCGGAUCCCCGCACUCAGGCGUUCACCCAUCCGGCUCAGCGGUUGCAAACUCACCGUUCGAUAAGAAACACACACUGGCCAACAGCGAUGAGAUUGACAAGUCAUUUGAUAAAGAAUACGAGCGUGAAAGGCGUCGUCAACAACCACCAGGCGGCUACGUUCCAGCGACCGCUCCACCGAAUCCUACGCAACCACAGAAGAUAGAUUAUAACCUAUACAGAGAGAAGAGAGAAAGAGAAGAAAGAGAGAAGCGUGAGGAAAGAGAGAGACGGCAACAGCAAGCCGUGCAACGACCGGGGGUUCCCCAACCGAAUAGACCCAACCCUCCUCCGCCUCACCAUCGUCCCUCCAGCCAGCAUCAUAAACCUCACCCGUGGCCACACAAACCCCCACACCACAAACCUCCUCACGACCAUAAACCUCCCCACGACCAUAAACCUCCCCACGACCAUAAACCUCCCCAUGAACAUAAAUCUCACGACCACAAACCUCCCCAUGAUCACAAACCUCUCCACGAGCACAAACUUCCCAACGACCACAAACCCCCUCACGACCAUAGGCACAGACAAAUGCCAAUACCGUCAACCUCUAGUCAACCGGUUCCGCAUCAACCGGAAGUUCCCACACGCACCCGACCCCCCUCGUUAUUCUCUCCAGAAAAUACAACUCCGGCGGUCGCAGCGUCGGCCCCCCGGCGACCCCCCUCAAAUCCACAACAGAGACCGAGGCCGGAACCUAGGCUAGUACCGACACUACCUCCCCAUCCCCAAGCACCACCAGAAUCAAAACCUCCUUCAGCGAGUCCACACAAAAAACGUCCAGAUCCUACCGCUGUUGUUCGCGACAUGCAACCCCCCGCCAUUCUAUCUCCGUUCUCGUCGCCCCCCAAUAAAGAGGUGAAACCAAGAACAAGGUUGCCCUCGAAUUCGGAACCUGAGUUAGUACCUGUAGUUAAGAAAAUAGACGAGACGCCGGGUUACGAAAACGUGAUCAGGGAGUCGCAGCGCGGCAACGCGAUAAAGACUAGACAACCUGAAAGGAAACCUGAACCUAGGUCCCUGAACGGUAUCGAAACCGACCCAACUCUAGUCUCCAAUCUGCUCAAAGAGAGUUUAGUUAAGCCCGUUCCUAUCACAGUUCCUACGGAGAAGAAAUCCCCCGUCGAAGUUAAAAAGGAACCGGUUAUAGAAACUCCGGCCCCCCCACCGGCACCCCCUCCCCAAGUGGAGCAACCCGUCCAACCCCCACCGGCCCAACCCCCCCAGCCCGCCCCUACGGAGGAGUCCGACCACAAACAUAAAAAGGAAAAGAAAAAGAAGGACAAACACAAACACAAAGACCGCGACAAGUCAAAAGAAGAGAGAAAAAAACAUAAAAAAGACAAAGAUAAAGAGAAAGAGAAGGAAAAGAAACCGGAGUCGGCGCCGGAACCGGACGGCAUCCGGAUAACCAUCCCCCGCGAGAAGCUAUCCAGCCCCGGGUUGAAGAUCAAAAUACCCAAAGAGCGGCUCGCGGCCCCCCCACCACCGCCCGGACUCAAGAUCAAGAUCUCGAAGGACCUCCUGGAGACGUCUCGCAAGCGGCCCGCCGCCGGGGAGCCGGGGCCCCCGGCGAAGCUCAACAAGGUCGACAACGGCAACGGACACCCGGGCAAGUGACAACCGUCACGCCACAUCCCGUAACUGCGUGUGUCGACGUUCCUCAUCAACAAACGGACCUCACUAGUGUAGUGUAAUUACUACCGGUUUUAUUUGUUUAAUAAUUAUUUUAUUUACUUUCUAAUUUUUUUUCCCACUCGUGGUUCACGCCAUCGGUUUGAAAUACUGGAUUCGUUGACCAAUUAGAAUGCGAGCAUAUGACGCUACAAAUCUAGCAGCCAAUCAGAGUUGAGUUCGUUGAAAUUAAUUUGAAAUGAUUGGAUUUCUAGUAUUCGAAGCCGGUGACACGCGACGGUUUCGAGUCGUGUUGCUUUGGGCGUUGUUUUAGUUUCAUCAUUUUUUAUAAUUAGAUUUUUUUCAUUUUUCCAAAAGAAAACAUUCUCUCUCUAGAAACGUGUUUUUUUCUAAACGGAUCAGUUAAAAAAUUGAUGAAACUAACGGUUUUAUUUUUUUAUUAAACGAAAUUGUAAAUAUGGGAAUCAAUAUGUCACUUUAUUUUUCUUUCUCAAUUCGUAAAUGUAUAUAAAAUUAAUUAUAAUAACAAGUCGCGUCUAUGUCAUUCUAACGCCUGCAUUUCGGAUAUACGAUAAUAUUAGCCCAAUGUUUCGACUGAUCAACGUUGGUUCCACUUUGUUCACUAUUAUUAAAAUUGUAGUUGUUUGAUCAAGUUAUGAGAGAUCAGUGAUAAUAAUAUUAAUAUUUAAAAAUAUAUCGAAUAUUGAACGGAAUUUUUUUAACAUACACUUUUCAAAACUAUAUUCUUAUAUAAUAAAUAAGUCGUCAAUAUUUUUUUCUGAAUAAUACGGAUGUAACAGUAAAUGUAUCUGUACGUUAAAACUUUAUGUUCCAAAUAUUCGGUAUGUGAAUAUUUAAAUAUAUAAUCAAGUUCCUUGUGUGCUUUUAUAUCUAUAGAAUAUUUUUCCGAAAAUAAUUUAAAAAAAUUAAAGAUUUUUUUUU